GACGGUUUCGGGAAAGGCCGUCGAAAAGUUGAGUGGCAACAGCCAAUGGCGGUGAUGCCAGACGCACGCCACGCUAAGCGCCGCCGAUGCGACCACGUCGCGCUGCACGUCUUGCUCGACUCAACCCUUCUCGUGCAGCUCAUCCAGCCGUACCAAGACGGUCUCUUCAGCGAGCUCCGCCCACGCUACGCCGAGUGGCGACUCCUCGCCUUGCGCCACACCACCUUUGCGUACGCGAUUGGCCCGAUUCCCGCGCGCUUCCGCGAGGACUUUGCCGCCAAGCGGCCGCUCGACACGCUCUGCAUCGACAGCAUUGGCGAUGACCGCUUCGUGCUCCACGUCGCGAUCCGCGAGGGCAAUUUGCCGAUCGUGCGCCGGUGCGCCAUCAAUGCGCCGUCCCUGCUCACGCCCGCUGCCAUUGCGUGUGCGAGCAUGCACGGGCGCCUCGAGAUUGUCCAGUACCUCCACACAGUGCAUGGCUGCGCGCCGACGCAGCCCUCGCUUGAUAUGUCUGCCACGCACGGCCAUCUCGCGAUCGUGGCCUACCUCACCGAGUAUACCGCGUGCACGGCGACGGUCCAUGCACUCGACGGCGCCGCGGCCAACGGCCACUUGGACGUCGUGGCGUACUUGGAUCGCAUCCGCGGUGAAGGCGCGAGCACGCGUGCCAUGGACAGAGCUGCGGCCAACGGUCACCUCGACGUUGUCGCAUAUCUGCAUGUCCAUCGCGUCGAAGGCUGCACGCGGGACGCCAUGGACGAGGCUGCGAUCGCGGGCCACCUCGACGUCGUACAGUUCCUCCACGAGCACCGACGUGAAGGCUGCUCUGUCGAUGCGCUCGACGGCGCGGCGGCGCGCGGCCAUCUCGAAGUCGUCCAGUUCCUCCAUGACAACCGGCAUGAAGGCUGCACGCAAGACGCCAUGCACGCCGCGUGCGCGCAUGGCCACUUGGACGUACUUGAGUUUCUGCAUGAGAACCGUGACGAAGGCUGCUCGGUCGAAGCCAUGGACAGUGCUGCGACCUUUGGCCAUCUCGACGUGGUCCAGUUUCUGCAUGUCCAUCGACGGGAAGGGUGCUCUGCGAUGGCGUGGCGCGGCGCGUUUGAACGGGGGCAUAUCCCGGUACUGCAGUUUCUCUGGCGAUGGUAUCGACCGCAGUGUAGAGUUGCCGAUGCCCACGAGCUCGGGUGGUGUUAG